GACAACACUGACAACGGUGACAACGGUGACAACAGUGACAACAGUGACAACGGUGACAAUGGUGACAAAAGUGACAAAAGUGACAACGGUGACAACGGUGACAACGGUGACAAAAGUGACAACGGUGAUAACAGUGACAACAGUAACAACGGUGACAACAGUGACAACGGUGACAGCGGUGACAACGGUGACAACAGUGACAUCAGUGACAACGGUGACAACACUGAGAACGCUGACAACGGUGACAACAGUGACAACGGUGACAACAGUGACAACGGUGACAACAGUAAAAACAGUAACAACGUUGACAACUGUGACAACAGUGACAACGGUGACAACGGUGACAACAGUGACAAAAGGUGACAACGGUGACAACAGGUGACAACGGUGACAACAGUGACAACAGUGACAACGGUGAUAACAAUGACAACAGUGACAACGGUGACAACGGUGACAAUGGUGACAAAAAGUGACAAGAGUGACAACGGUGACAACAGUGACAACGUGACAAUGGUGACAACGGCAUGACAAACGUGACAACGGUGACAACGGGUGACAACAGAGACAACAAUGACAACGGUGACAAUGGUAAACACAGUGACAACGGUGACAACGGUGAAAACAGUAACAACGGUGCCACGGUGACAAUGAUGACAACGGUGACAAUAGAGACAACAGUGACAACGGUGACAACAGUGACAACGGUGACAACAACAGUGACAAAGAUGACAACGGUGACAACGUGACAAUAGUGACAAUGGUGACAAUGGUGACAACAGAGACAAACAGUGACAACGGUGACAACAGUGACAACAGUGACAAAUGUGACAACAGUAAAAACUGUGAAAACGGUGACAACAGUGACAACAAUGACAACGGUGACAACGGUGACAACAGUAACAAAAGUGACAACAACGACAACGGUGACAACAGUGACAACGGUGACAACAGUUACAACGGUGACAUUGGUGACAACAGUAACAACGGUGACAACGGUGAUAACGGUGACAACACUUAGAACGGUGACAAUGGUGACAACAGUGAAAACAUCGAGAACGGUGACUACAGUGACAACGGUGAUAACAGUGAGAACAGGGACAACGGUGACAACGGUGCCAAUAGUAACAACGGUGACAACAGUUAGAACGGUGACAACGGUGACAACAGUGACAAAUGUGACAACAGUGAAAACGGUGACAUCCGUGACAACAGUGACAACGAUGAGAACGGUGACAACGAGACAACGUCACAAUGGUGACAACAGUGACAACGGUGACAACAGUUAGUGGCAACAGUGACAACAACUGACAACGGUGACAAUAGUGACAACAGUGACAACGGUGACAACGACAGGACAACGGUGACAACAGUGACAACAGUGACAACGGUGACAACAGUGACAACAGUGAAAACGGUGACAACGGUGACAACAGUGACAAUGGUGACAAUUGGUGACAACAGUGACAACGGGUGACAACGGUGACAACGGUGACAACAGUGACAAAUGACAACAGUGACAACGAUGACAACGGUGACAUUAGUGACAACGGGAGAAAACAAUGACAACGGAUGAAAACGGGUGACAACAGUGACAACGAGUGGACAACAGUGACAACAGUGACAACAGUGACAACGGUGACAACGACAAGGAUGACAACGGUGACAACCCCGACAACAGUGACAACAGUGAAACAGACAAAAGUGACAACAACGGUGACAACGAUGACAACAGUGACAACGGUGACAACGGUGAAAACGGUGACAACGGUGACAACAGUAACAACGAAGACAACGGUGACAACGGUGACAACGGUGACAACACUGACAACGGUGACAACAGUGACAACAGUGACAAUGAUGACAACGAUGACAACAGGACAACGUGACAACAUAGUGACAACGGUGACAACGGGACAACGGUGACAACGGUGACAAACGAUGACAACGGUGACAACAGUGACAAUAGUGACAACGGGUGACAAUGGUGACAAUAGUGAAACGGUGACAACGGUGACAACGGUGACAACAGUGAGAACAGUGACAACGGUGACAACGUGACAACGGUGACAACAGUGACAACGGUGACAACAGAACGGUCACAAAAGUGACAAUAGUGACAAAAGUGACAACGGUGACAACAGUGACAACGUGACAACAGUGACAACGCUAACAGCAGUGACAACAGUAACAAACAGUGACAACGGUGACAGCAGUGACAACGGUGACAACAGUAAAAACGGUCACAACAGUGACAACAGUGAAAACAGUGACAACAACGGACAACGGUGACAACGGUGACAAUAGUGAAAACGGUGACAACGAGUGACAACGGUGACAACGAUGACAAUAACAGUGACAACCGUGACAACGGUGAGAACGGGUGACAACGGUGAGGACAGUGACAAACAACGACAACAGUGACAACAGUGACAACAGUGACAACGGUGACAACGGUGAAAACGGUGACAACAGUGAAAACGGUGACAACGGUGAGAACAGUGACAACGGUGACAAGAGUGAGAAGAGUGACAACGGUGACAACAGUGACAACGGUGACAACACUUAGAAUGGUGACAAUGGUGAGAACGGUGACAAGAGUUAGAAGUGUAACAGCGGUGACAACAGUGACAACGGUCACAACGGUCACAACAGUAACAACGGCGACAACGGUGACAACAGUGACAACAUCGACAACGGUGACUACAGUG